CCUCGGUGCUCGGCCUUCGGCACUUGUCCUCGGCUGCUUGCGCUAAGGUCAACGGCGAUCGUUGUACUCGGUGCUCAACAGCCCGCGCCUGGCGGAGCCCGCCGGUGCUGCGCUCCCGCUGCCUUUGACCGGGGUCGGAGGAAGCGAUGGCGGCGCUGGGCCCCCCGCUGCGCACCCUGCGCGCUCUGCUGCGAGAGCUGCGCUACGCCAGCGGCCACGGGGGGCGCCCCUACCGGCGCGCGCCCGCCUACCGGCACGUGCUCGCCGCCUUCCGCGCGCACAGGGUGACCAGUGAGAAGCUGUGCCGGGCCCAGCAGGAGCUGCACUUCCAAGCUGCAACGUACCUGUGCCUGCUGCGUAGCGUCCGGGAGCAUGCAGCGCUGCACCAGGAAUACCAUGGGAAGGGGGAGCGCUCGCCAGAGGAGGUGGCUGGCUUGGUGGGUUUCAGGUUGCCACAGCAGCCGGGAGGGAAGGGCUGAAGUGAUCCUGCCGUACUCUCUCUUUGUUUCUGAAUAAAUAUAUCCUUGACUGUGUAGAAAUGGGCUGGGGU